GUCAUGAUGGCGGUGGCGCUGCGAAUGACCCUCUCUCUGUGAAGAUGUCCGCCAUGGACCCCCUGCCUCCGGCAACUCCUCCGACCCAGAAGCCCACCCGCAUCAUCAAACCUCGCCCGCCCACCAGGCCGCGGCCGUAUCUGCCCCCCAGGCCAGACUCUGCCAGGCUGAGCCGUGGCCUGACUCCACCUUUGCCCCUGGAGGGCUCCAUGGCCGAGACGGUCAGCGACGGGUGCUCCAGGGUGACUGAGCCCCCUUGCAGCCACCAGUGGCAGCUCCACAAGCUGCAGAACUCUGGUGCCGUUCGUAAGAUCGUGGUGCGCUUCGACCACGCGGGCCUGGAGAAAGAAGAGGGUGGGAAGCCCGUUCAGCCUGCUCUGAACUGCAUCCCAGCCCCUGUCACAGUCACUGAGAAUGGAGAAGAGAAGAUGGCAGAAGAAAAAGAGGCUCAGGCGCUGUUGGAAACUGGUGAGGACACCCAGUCAUCUGUAUCAUGUGCGGUGGAGCAGAACGGUGUAGAAUUGCCAGCUUCCUGCCCCUCAGGCUGUCCCUGCAUUUGCCAUCAGCAGCGGCCAGGCAUGGUCUUGGCGUGGGUUCCAGCACAUUCUCAGCAGGCUGAACAGAAUGACUGUGAGGAAGGGCCCACCUCGGACCUCUCAUCCUCUGCGGACGAGGGAGGACCACUCUUCCAACACCUCCUGGUGCUCAACGCCCCACCUGCAGGCAACUCCUCAGUUGCCUCCGGCAGACCCCCUAAAUCCCGCCGUUCCUCCCGGAGCAAGAAGCCCCCUGACCCGCCACCCUCGGCCAACGGACAUCCCGAAGGAGGCGUGGUGCUGACAGGGUACCGUUCCACUGCUGAGCCUCUUCCGCUGCGCUGCCCUCCUUUGAUGCCAAAGCCGCCCCGCCGCAGCAAAGGGGGGUCCUCUUUCUCUUUGGAUAGUGAGGUUAUGCCCCCUGCCAUCCCACCCAAGGCCCCAAUGAAACCUCCUCGCAGCUCCAUGAUCCCUUUGUCUUUUUCCCGCCGGAGUUCCCUGCAGUACCCGCUUGAGAUGAACCAAGUUCAAGGAGACACGUCCCCCGUCUCUGCAGGGGAAGGGCUCCUCUUGCCGCCACCGUCCAUGCCACCGCCGCCACCACCCACCUUCCAGAUGCAGCCACCCCUCUCCCUUCCUCAGAGCCAGUCUCCCCUGCUUUCUUCCUGCCAGUUGCCUGCAACCAUGACUCCUCCUCCCCCAUCCCAGCCACCGCCUCCGCUGCCUCAGGGCCUGCCCCCUCCGCCAACUCAGCCACCACCACCCUUGGAGAGCCUGCCCUUGGGUGAAGGCCCAUGCCAAGGUGGCUGUGAAAAUGAGUGCUCAGCUCCAGGCGACUCUGAUGCAGUGACUCCAAAUGACAGAAGCUGCUCAGUGCUAUCCCCUAAGGGUCCUGACUGGGGGCUUUGCCUACAGGAUGAGCCCCUGUACCAGACAUAUCGCCAGGCCGUCAUCUCCAAGGAGAUCAAACGGCAAACGGUUCCUCGCAACAGCAGUUUCAGCAGCUCUGACUACGGGGCCCCUUCCCCUGGUGAAGGGCCAGCUGGACCUCGCGGUCCCAUCCCACACAGCACGCUUUGGCAGGAGCUGCCUGCUGUGCGAGAGAGCGGCCUUCUGGGAAACAUAAGCCCCGAAGAGAGGAAGAUGCAGGAGAGCCUUUUCGAGGUGGUGACCUCCGAGGCCUCCUACCUGCGUUCCCUGUCUCUGCUGAUCGAGCACUUUAUGGAGUCCCGGGAUCUGGCAGCCACCAUCCUUCUGCGUGAGCACCGGAUCCUCUUCUCCAACAUCCGCAAAGUCAAGGAGGUCAGCGAAAGGUUUUUGCAGGACCUUGAAGGGCGCCUGGCUGAAAGCCUGCAGAUCUCGGAUGUCUGUGACAUUGUAGAGGAACAUGCCCAGCAGAACUUCUCGGUCUACAUUGACUACGUGCGCAACCAACUAUACCAAGAGAAGACCUACAGCAGCCUCAUGGAGAAGAACCCCCAGUUCGCCAUAGUUGUGACGCGGCUCCAGGAGCUCCCGCAGUGCCACCGACUCCCCUUUAUGUCCUUCUUGCUGCUUCCUUUCCAGAGGAUCACCCGGAUCAAGAUGCUCAUAGAGAAUAUCCUGCGCCGAACAGACGAAGGAUCAUUGCGAGAACAGAAUGCCAUGAAAGCCUUGUCCUCUGUUUCCAAGAUAAUAGAAGAAUGUAACUCUGAGGUGGGCCGCAUGCGUCACAUGGAGGAGCUGAUCCACAUCGCCAGCAAGAUCGAGUUUGACAAGCUUAAGGCAGUUCCUAUCAUCUCCCAGAGCCGGCAAUUGCUGAAGCAGGGUGAGCUGUUGGAGGUGGUGCACCGGGGCACCAUCUUUGGCACCAAGCCCAAGCUGGUUCCCAUCUACUUGUUCCUCUUCAAUGAUCUGCUGCUCAUCACCCAGCGCAAGAGUUCAGAACGCUUUGUGGUGCUGGAUUACGCUCAUCGCUCACUAGUCCAGGCCCAGGGUUGUGGGGAAUCCUCCACAAGCCACAGUGCAGAGAACAGCUUCUACCUGACACUGCUGGAGAACCACCAAGGACGGAGUAGUGACCGACUCUGCCGCGCUCCAACACAGUCAGAUAUGCACCGCUGGAUGGGUGCGUUUCCUCGACAUGAAUCCCAACUUAAUGGCAAACAGGAAACCAUCUACGAGGACUGGGACUGCCCUCAGGUGCAGUGCGUCGAGGCCUACGCUGCUGCCCAGGCUGAUGAACUGAGCCUAGAGCCCACAGACAUUGUCAACGUGCUAUGCAAAACCAACGAGGGCUGGUAUGAGGGCGUCCGGCUAGCUGAUGGCAAGAAGGGCUGGUUCCCCUCGCGCUACGUGCAGGAGAUCACGAAUGAACACGUGAGGCGGCGCAACCUCCGCGAGCGCUAUCGGGUCCUGCAGGCUGCCCGACAACUCCAGCUGACGCGCACGAGCCACAUGAAGAGCAAGUACAGUUCGGCCUGAGUCAGCGGGUGCAGAGCUGUGGAGUGACCGAUGGAAGCACUGGAGACACCAGCCUGCAUACGUUUUACCUCGCUGCUGGACUCAAGCAGUGAUCUGCUUCUGCUCUGCUGGGUGCAGGAGAAACACUGCUAUGGGGGGGCACCAAAGAUGGCAGCGGUAGAUGGCAGUUGCAAUUUGAUGGAAGGCCACUAGAGGGGAGCACACCUGCACAAAGGUCCUCGUUGGACAUAGACUGUAAUGCCAUAAAUUGGCAACUGGAGGCAUCAGAAGCACACCACCAAACAUGUCUUCUUUGCUUGUUGUUUGCCACAAGCAGACGAUUAUUUCUAACUCCAUUGCACUGUGCACAGAGCUGUUUAUGGUUGUGGAACUCGUCCUAACUCCUCAACUACUGGAGCUCACUACGCAGGAGUAAUGACAAUCCAAUUCUUCAGUGAGAGGGAGGUAUGAGUUGGGUGGACCAUCUCCACCAAUGCUGCUUGGGGGAGGCCAGGUCACCCCCACUUGUGACAUUACCAGGCUAGGGGUACAGAGGCAGAUGAUUCAGGGGCACCAGCUUUUUUUAGUGCAGAAGGUUUUCCCCCCCUUACCUCCUCCUCCUGCAUUCGGAGGGUUGAAUAUACAUACUCAGUAAGCCUGGAUCCUUUUUUACACGCAGAGGAGGAGCAGACAGGUGGAGACACCCCCCCCCCUUUGCAGAUGCCCCUGAGUAAUGUGGGGGGUGAGUGCUCCAAUUAAAGGCAGGGUUUUAGUCUAAUUCUUCCCGUCCCUGAUCAGGUGUCUGAAUACAGCACCUUCUUUGCAAGUAAACCUGAACAGUAGCGGAGUAUGCAUGCAUGCCCGGCCCUCCUUCACAUGCAGAAGAUUGUCAGCUUGUUCUAAGUGUGUGUAAACCAACCUAGAACCUGGCAUGGCACCAAUCAAACUGCUUGGGCCAAAACCUUUGCGGGCCUGAUGCUGUUUGUGGCCUAGCUGUUUCCUGUCCCUGGCUCUGAAGGGUGUCCUGACUACUGCACGUAUGUGUGUGCACCGUGCCCUUUACUACCAAGCCUUGUUAGGAAACCGGGAUUUGUGGUUUUGCAAGUGAAGGGAACCCACUUCUGCAGUGGUGCCAUCAGUCUCUGCUAGUAUUGCACAGAGACUGCUCCAAGGGUUCCUCAGGGUCCUCUCUACCUCAGUGAGUAUGAUCCUUUCCAACAAGUGCCCCCUCCUCUUCUUUAGCCCUUGCAGGGGAUUGGGGCCUACUGCCUCAGUCCAGUAUUCAGGCCUCGGUCGUUCAUUUCUUUCCCUCCGGCGCUGGCGUCUGAUCUGCUGCCUUCCAAUGCAUUUCCCCGCCGCCACCACCACCGUUAGCCUGCCUGGAUUUCCCAAUUGUUUUUGCAUCCAAGGAAAUCUUUCCUGUUUCCAUCCUGGAAUUGUGGCCAAAGACCAGCUUGUAUUUAUUAAAUAUGACUGCCUCCUGACUCCUUUCUUGGAGGAGAUUUCUGCACCCACCUGCUCUGGUAGCAUCAGGAGGUGUGGAGGAAAAGAUGUUUAACUUAUUCUGUACCAUAUUUGCCUGCACUGUUGUCUUUUUUUGUUUUGUUUGUGUUUUUCUAUCAGAACUGCCUUUUUUUUUUAAUGAAGA